AUGUCGUGCCCUCACCUCGAGUCUCUCGGCCCCGGCCUCUCCCCACCGACGCCCGCCCAGUCCGUCUACCGAGAGGACUGCACCCAAUGCUUCGACUCCAUCGACGAACCAACCGGUCUCGAUGUCUGUCUGCAGUGCUUCAACGGCGGAUGCGCGGGAGAUAGACUGCACAGCAAUCUCCACAGCAGCCUCCGCAACCACCCGCUGGCCCUCAACAUUCGCCGCACCCGAAAGGCUCUUGUCCGCGAUGAGCCCCCGGCCAAAAUGUCCAAGCUCGCCAUCGCCGCCGAGACCGAACAAGACCGAUACGAUACUGCCCUCGCGGCAAAGUGCCUCGACUGCGCCACCCAGCUCGAUGUUACAGAUCCUAGACUCGCCCCCGUCGUCGACGGCAUCCUCAAAGCCAACACCUUCGCGCGGAAGGAGGAGGUGAAGGCCUGGGAGCAAGAAUUGACGAGCUGUGAGCACCUUCUCUUGCUGCAGCAGCAGGACUCGCGCAAAAUCGAGCAAGGCGAGCUCGGUCAUUGCUCUGCCUGCGACCUGAGGGAAAACCUAUGGCUCUGUCUCGAGUGCGGCAACCUGGGCUGUGGCCGGAAGCAGAUGGGCGGCGUCGACGGCAAUUCGCAUGCCUUGGCUCACUCGACCGACUCAGGACACGGUCUGGCCGUCAAGCUCGGCUCCAUCACCCCCGAGGGCACCGCCGACGUCUACUGCUACAAGUGCGACGACGAGCGUAUCGACGAAAAUCUGGGACAGCAUCUCGCCCAUUGGGGAAUCAUGCUGGCCGAGCGACAAAAGACGGAAAAGAGCUUGACCGAGAUGCAAAUCGAGCAAAAUCUUAAGUGGGAUUUUAGCAUGACCACCGAAGACGGUAGGGAGCUCAAGCCCCUAUUCGGCUCCGGCCUCACAGGCCUGAGGAAUCUGGGCAACAGCUGCUACUUGGCCAGUGUCGUGCAGUGCCUCUUCGACAUGCCGUCCUUUCGACAACGCUACCAUCGCCCAAGCGAUGAGCUGCCCCUGGUGCAGGAACCGGCCGCGGAUUUGGAGACCCAACUGCGGAAAAUGGCAGACGGACUCUUUUCUGGACGGUAUUCCAAGCCAGAAGAAGGCGUGGGCUCCGAUGCCGAGGCGAGGCACCAGCAGGGCCUGGCACCGGCAAUGCUCAAGCACCUCAUCGGCAGAGGCCAUGAGGAGUUUUCAACCAUGAGACAGCAGGAUGCGUUCGAGCUGCUGCAGCACUUAUUCAAGUUGAUUACUCGGUCACAACACGGUGGCCAUCUCGAGGACCCCACAACUCCCUUCCGGUUCGUCCUCGAGCAGAGACUGCAGUGCUUGGGAUGCCGCAAAGUCAAGUACAGCACAAACGAGCAGGACAGCAUCUUCAUUGACGUCCCCCUCGAAAAGCUGCCCCAGGCCGAAGGGGAAUCGGACGAUGCCGGGGACAAGUAUAAGCCCGUUACCCUCAAGCAAUGCCUCGACAACUUGACCUCUGCGGAAAAGGUGGAGUUGGCUUGCUCGGCCUGCGGUAGCAAGGAAGGCUUCAGCAAGCAGUCGCUCUUCAAAACCUUUCCCGUCGUUCUCGUCGUCAAUGCUCGCAAGAUGACCGUGGUCAACUGGGUGCCCAUCAAAGUCGAUGUCCCCGUGCUUGUCCCCGACGAGCCGUUUCUGUUGGACGAGUACCUAUCCAAGGGCCUGCAAUCGACGGAGGAGCUACUCCCGGACGAACCUCAGGCCCCGGCCCCGGCGUUUGUACCCGAAGCCACCGCCUUAGCCCAGCUCGAGGCAAUGGGAUUUCCACGCACGCGCUGCGAAAAGGCGUUGUACGCCACCAGUAACUCAGACGCCAAUCUCGCCAUGGAGUGGCUCUUUGCCCACAUGGAAGACCCCGACAUCGACGCGCCUCUCGAUCUCAGUGGCCAGGCGGAAGCUGCUGGCGCUGGCGCCGAUCCGGACAAGAUUGAGAUGCUUGGAGCCAUGGGCUUUGAAGCCCGCCACGCCAAGAAGGCCCUCAGGGAGACGGGUGGCGAUGUAGAGCGGGCGGUGGAAUGGCUCUUUAACCAUCCUGACGACAAGGACGCGGCCGAGGACGAGAACUCGACUGCCAAGGAGCCUGCAGGAAGUGCGUCGCUCCCCGCCAGCUUUCAGCUGCAGUCGAUUGUCUGCCACAAGGGGACGAGCAUACACGCUGGUCACUACGUCGCCUUCAUCCGCAAGCAGCUUGAACAGGGCUCCAAGUGGGUGCUCUUCAACGAUGAGAAGGUGGUCGAGGCCUAUGACGUCGACGAGAUGCGCAAGUUCGCGUAUUUGUACUUUUUCAAACGAACGUAG